AUGAGAUCCGAACGCCUGACUCCGGAAGGCAUCGCGAUUCAACCGGUCUAUUGGGAUUUGCGCGGAGACCAACCCGAAAUGCCUGGGAUUUUCCCUUAUACGCGUGGUCCCUACGCCACUAUGUACACGGCCAAGCCUUGGACAGUCCGCCAGUAUGCCGGUUUCUCGACUGCCGAGGAGUCCAACGCGUUCUACAAGGCUAACUUGGCGGCUGGGCAGCAAGGCUUAUCGGUUGCCUUUGACCUUCCGACUCAUCGCGGAUAUGACAGUGACCACGAUCGUGUGGUGGGUGACGUUGGCAUGGCUGGUGUGCCAAUCAGUACACUAAAAGAUAUGAACAUUCUGUUUGACGAGAUUGAUCUCACCAAGGUCUCGGUGAGUAUGACAAUGAACGGUGCUGUACUACCGGUCUUGGCCUUCUACAUCCAGACAGCUAUCGAGCAGAACCCCGGAAAAGAUCCCAAAGAAGUUUUGAAGCAACUUCGCGGUACCAUUCAGAACGAUGUUCUCAAAGAAUUCAUGGUGCGCAACACCUAUAUAUAUCCCCCUGAACCUAGCAUCAAUCGUGUCAUCGCCGAUAUCAUGGGUUUCACAUCAAUGCACAUGCCGAAGUUCAACUCUAUUUCGAUUUCGGGGUAUCAUAUGCAGGAGGCUGGCGCUGACGCUAUUUUAGAAAUGGCUUUUACGAUUGCUGAUGGUAUUGAGUACAUUCGCACCGCUGUCAAUAAUGCUGAUCUCAAAGUAGACGAGGUCGCUCCUCGUCUUUCCUUUUUUUGGGCCGUUGGACUUAACUACUACACCGAGAUUGCCAAAAUGCGAGCAGCGCGGCGUCUAUGGGCAACGCUUGUCAAAGAGAAAUUCCAGCCAGAAAACGAAAAGUCCCUACUGCUACGGACUCACAGUCAAACGUCGGGAUAUUCACUGACUGAAGCACAACCCAUGAACAACAUCAUCCGCACAACGAUUGAGGCUAUUGCUGCAGUUCAAGGAGGUACCCAGUCAUUGCACACAAAUUCCUACGACGAAGCCGUUGGCCUACCAACUCAACAGACUGCCCGUGUUGCUCGAAACACACAGCUAAUCCUUCAAGAAGAAACCGGAAUAUGCGAUGUUGCCGACCCGUGGGCGGGAAGUUACAUGAUGGAAAGCUUGACUGACGAGCUGUACGACAAGGCGCUAGCAUUAGUUCAGGAGGUGGAGGAAUUUGGUGGCAUGACUAGGUACAUUAGUAGUGGAAGUGCCAAACUGCGAAUCGAAGAAAGUGCCACGCGCAAGCAGGCCCGCAUUGAUUCAAAACAAGAGGUCAUUGUUGGCGUGAACAAGUAUCGGUUAAGUGAAGAAAUGGAGAAAGCUGAAGCAAUCGAUGUUCUGCGAAUUGAAAACACAAAAGUCCGUGAAAAACAAGUCGCCCGUAUUCUCGAAGUUAAAGCUUCACGGGACAAAGGAGUCGCCGAGGCAGCACUUAAACGCAUCGAAUUCAGUGCUCGCAUGAGUGGAAGUACAAGUCGUGGCGAUAAUCCAGAUAAUCUGUUGCAGCUCUGUGUCGAGGCCGCCGCUGCUCGAUGCACACUUGGCGAAAUGUCGGACGCCAUGGAAAGAGCUUGGGGACGCCAUGUCCCGACGUCCUCUGUAGUACAGGGUGCAUACAGUGCAUCAUUCACAACCCAAACCAAAAGCGGUGAUUUCGAUACAAGUGUAGCAGAAUACGAGUCUAUUUUGAAGCGCGUCGAGCAAUUUGAAAAGAAGGAGGGCCGCCGUCCUCGCAUCUUAGUUGCCAAAAUGGGCCAAGAUGGACAUGAUCGAGGCGCGAAAGUGAUCGCCAGCGGUUUCUCAGACCUGGGGUUUGACGUUGACAUUGGGCCGUUGUUUCAGACGCCGGAGGAAGUGGCUGUUCAAGCUCUCGACUCUGAUGUCCACGUGAUCGGGAUAUCAUCACAGGCCGCUGGUCAUCGAACCUUGUUGCCAGCCCUGAAAAAAGAAUUGGAACAAAAAGGUGGUGAAAAUAUAGUUGUUGUUGCUGGAGGUGUAAUUCCGCCCAACGAUUAUGAGUUCCUUUUGACUGAAACCAAAAGCUGUAGCGCUGUAUUUGGCCCUGGAACUCGAAUUCCGGACGCAGCCAUCAAGACUCUUGAUCUGAUUGAGAAGAAUCUUUUUGAGUAG